AUGAACCUCUCUACAAGCUUAACCAAAUACCUCCACGGGCCCUCGGACACCGAUGCCUUCGUUGGGCGCUCCAUUUCAAGUCACACUCGAUCGGAAUACUCCACCGCCGACCCACUGAAUAUAAACGAACUUAUAAGUAUACCACAGGGCCAACAUGGUCUGAGGAAGCAAAAAAAAAUAAGAUCACUACGUCAUAUUGAAUCUGUCAGGCUACAUGAGCAGGACCACAUCUCCUAUGAGGAUAAAACAAUUCAGAUAAAAGGAGUUGGAAACUCUGUACUCCUACUGGAGUGGUAUAUGGAACUACCAACUGCAGUCAGAGAACGGGUUCGAGUUACAGGACUGCAACCACUGGUAGAUGGCCUCAAUCGAGCCGAUAUGGACGUCCCAUUAAUGCAAGCUCUUGCUGAAAAGUGGUGGGAUACCACCCAUACAUUCAUAUUCGAACAAUUAGGAGAGAUGACAAUGACUCCUAAAGACUUUAGUGCCAUUACUGGAAUACCUGUGUAUGGGAGACCAAUAAAGAUAGACAAGCACAUUCACAGGAAGAAGGAUACCAUACGAAGGUUAUUGGGACGACCUUUAGCCUGUGUUAACCAAAGAAGAGUUGAUAUCAAUUGGUUGUACCAAUCAUACAAGAAUAUGAGUACGACAACUGAGGAAGAUAUUGACAUAUUAUCCAGGGUCUUCAUUUUGGCUCUUUUAGGCGCUACCCUUUUCGCCCGUGCCAAUGAUAUGGUUCACUUGUUCUAUUUACCAUCCUUAGACUGUAUUGCAAAUAUAAAUAAUUUCAAUUGGGGAGGGGCUGGGCUUGCAUUCUGUUAUCAACAAAUGGACGACUUAUGCAGACAAAACACAAGCAAGAUUGGUGGCCUAUGGAAAGCUUGGGAGGUUUGGGGUAGAGAAUACCUUCCAUGUAUGCGCAUCACACCUCAAUGCAUCUCAUCUAAAGUAUUUCCCUGUAGUUUGUUAUGGGGUAAUUGCCUCCCACCAACCAUGGAAGCUAAAGUGUUGUUGAAAUACUACAGGCUGAAACUGACCCAACUAACUUCUGAACAGGUUGAGUGGUAUCCAUGGGGAGCAAAUACACUUCAUCCAUACUAUGUCGCACAAAGCGAAGAGCCAAAUACACGGCGAAUACUACUUGUUGGGCCAGACGGAGGUGAGUGGUAUUUGGGCGAAAGAGUCACGAUGCAGACUUCUGCCACGGAAAUUAACAAAAAAUCGGAUGACAUUAAUCACAUGACAUUACUUCAAAAAACCAAUUCAUCAUCAAAUUCAAAGCAUCCAAGAAUGUUUCUUUUCUGGUUUACUAAUGAAAAGUUCUGA